CAAACUACCAACCCCUUCCUUUUUCUUGCCCUUCCCCUCCUCCAGGUAAAGCAGAGGCCGGCGAUUGGGCAGACGCGCCGCCCGUUCCCGGUCCGCGUCCAAUCCGGCUCGAGCUAACGGAGGCAGGGCGCCCAAUGGGCGCGAGGCUUGACGCCCCUCGCCCGCCACAGACGGGGCGGCGGAGCCUGCGGAGUGCCAUUCGGAGGGAGGGCGGCGGAGCAGGAGGGUAGGUUGGCAGGGCUGGCUGGCUGCAGGUGCGGUAGCGCCGCCUCCCCCCCCUCACCGCUCGCGGCUAGGUAGGAGCGCGAGCCUUAAGCAACCCCCCCCCUCGCUCCCACCACCACCACCCCAGCUGUGCCUCCUCAGCGGCCGGCGCCGUGUGGACAAUGUGAGCCGCGAGGAGCCGAGCUGCCGACGAGGGCAGCCAUGGCCACAGCUGGGCGGUAGAACUUGCCUCACUCGGGAUCCCCGGUCGCCUUCCCAUCCCCCCUUUUUUUCCUUCCCAGGGGAAAGAGCCUCGAGGGGAGGAAAAAACCCGCCUCGUUCCUGUAGCCCUCGGAGCCGCCGCCAUGUCCAGCUCCUCCUCGCAGACCCCUCCUCACCACCCGCCCGCGCAGAGGAUGCGCCGCGGGGCCGCCGGGUCCCCCACCAGCGGCGGCGCCGGAGCCUCCUCAGUCGGUAGUAGCGGGGCCGGAGCAGCAGCAGCGGCAGGAGGAGGAAGCGGCGGCGGCGGCGGCGCCCCCGGUGGCAGCUCGGGGACUAGCCGGCUGCUCCAGCCUAUCCGCGCCACCGUCCCUUACCAGCUCCUCAGGGGCAACCAGCACAGCCCCACUCGCUCUCCCGCCGCCUCAGCCUCGGUGGGGAGCAACACCGGCCCCGGGGGGCCUCGCGGAGCAGCAGGAGGAGGAGGCGGCAACAACGGCGGCAGCAGCCCGCCCCCGCCCAGCUCGACCCCUCCGUUGUCCCUCGCGGCUGCCGCCUCCCCGCCAGGAGCAGGCGGCGCGGCGGAGCCCGGGAGGGUGAAGGUGAGGCAGAGGCGCUCGCCCGACAGCAGCAGCGGCAGGCGGAGAAGCAUCUCACCUGAGAGGAGGAGCCCCAGUUCGCCCAUCUACAGAGGUAAGGGCACCUGUGGGGCUCUCACCUGGAAUCCGGCUCUCUCCGCCCCCCCGCCAAACCCCAUUUUCCACCUCAAACUCCCCACGCAGCACUGUGGAGAAGACCCUCCUUGAGCCACCCCUCUAAAAAAUAACAAACUCGACCCCGCGGUUCAUGUUUCGGAUUAUGGCACCACCUCCCCGAAAUAGCAGCGCAUUUCUGUCAACGGUUUGCUCGGAAGUAUCUUACCGUCUUUUCGGUGGGGGCCUCAUGCCCAGGUAAGUGUGAAUACGAUCGCCAGCCCUAAAGAAGGCGAAGUGACUCAGCCCUUUAAAAAAAAACACAAACACCCAACAACACACCACCCUAAAUGUUAAGACUCAAGGUCUUAAUUCAACUCGAGCUUGAAACGGGGCAGUCUUGGUUAGUGACCCCUUUUAACACCCUGCAUCUACUCUGCUAUACUCCUCGCGGUUUAGGCUGCUGAAGGGCUAUUAAAUUCUACCUUGCAAUCCUUUAUCUAUUGGUAAAGGGAGCCUUGUUGCAUAUACUUAAAGGAGAGAGUGGAACUCCCAAGCUCUAUUAAUGCAGAGCUACUAAACUAGAAAGUAAGCUGCUGCGUUUUAUGUGUGUGAAUAGAAUGCUUGGACUGGCUUGUGCCCUGAAGCAGAAUUCUCAGUUUAAUGAAGUAUAUUUUAUCCACCUUUUUUUAAAGGGGUUAGAAGAGUGUUUUUCAAUGCUUGCGUUGCAGCAAGCUGUAUCCAUGCCUUGUAUGGAAAUUUUCAUCUGGUUUAGUGCCUAAAGGCUGGGCUAAUGUCUGAUGGUUCCAUAUUGGCCAACUUACAUUUAAAUACUUCAAUAGGUUAUUGAAGCGUAAGUUCUGAGAUGUCUGCCUUCAGGGAAGCCGAAGCACAAAGAUACUAGCAUUCUCUGCCAAGACCAUAAGAUUUGCAAAACAGCAGUGUUUGUAAAAGUAUUCCUGUACCCUUUUACCAGGAAGGUAUAAAAAACACCUGACUUAAACAAGCACAUGCUAGCAAAACUGCAGGUUCUAAAUAGAAUACAACACCCAUGCCACUCCUGCAAUAUUUCCAAGAUAUAAGAUGCACAAAUUUACUCACAAAGCUUUCGAAAACCCCUCUCCCUCAAAUGCAUCCCUUUGUAGAGCUAAAAUUAAACCUUGUUGAACCCCUGGAGGCAAGUAGAAUGCACAUUCUGUGGUAUUCUUGUUAAAGUAUAUAAUGUACUAGGAAAAGUUCCCUCCAAACAUAUUUGAAAAAGUUUCUUUAAAAGGUGGCUCUGUCCAUUCCCCUUAAGCAGUUGAAUGAAUCAUAUGAAAUAUACUGCUUAUCCUUCUAUAGCUAUUGGGUAACCUGUAUCUUUAAGCACGUCUUUAAUCAUGCCAAGACUGUGUUUUGUUUCAGAAGCAAAUUAGAUAUCCCUCUUGAUAUAGUAUUGAAUGCAGCAAGUUGGAUGCAUUAUUGCCAUGAAUCCUUGCACUUAGUUGUGCAGUUAUGGUUAUUUGGAUUGUACUAAAUUCACUACUCCAAAAUGUUGCUUGUAUUAUAUCAGCCUUAAAAACAUUUACAUCUAGAUGAAAUUUAAUUCCCCCCCUUGCAUUUCAAAUUACAUGUAAGUUAUGCAACAGGCCUAUGAUAUUGAUUCAUCCUUAUGGAAUUAGUGUUUCUAAACCAAGUAUUUUGUAAAAAUGGAGUUUAAUCCAUGUUAUUGGGUCUAGAAAAUGUAAGCUUUUUCCUUUCAUGGGGACAAGACAAGUGCAUACAAUUCUAAUUAAGCUAACUCAAACGUUUCUGUUUGCUUGCUAAAAUAAAACAAAAUGGAAAACUGCUAACAAACACUGCAUGUUUGAAUCUGCAUUUAAAUGUGUUCUGUUUGUGAACAAAUACUAAAAAGCUGAUCAUUCUUUUAUCAAAGUAUUUUAAAAUAAUACAAUCUCUUUUAAUAGAUGAAUUAUGUUGCUGCCUUACUUUCAAUGAUUCAGUCCUCUUAAAUUAUAACUGAAUGACUUCAUUAAACUUGUUUGAGCCUACCUUAAGCCAUCAUAGCAGCAUCCACUGUUUAAUAGAGUUGUGAGAAUACAAUAUAUAACUAUGGAUUGACCGCAGUGAACUGUUAACCUGCAUGUACCAUAAGGAAAUCCUCAUUAGUUGAGUUGGCAUUUCAAAGCAGGCACCCUCCAGUAAAACCCGAACAAAUGAAAAUAUGUGCCCACGUACUGAAUAUUUGAAUUCAUUCAUUUCAUAAUUUUAUAAUUUCUAGAAGGACAGCUAUGUUAGCCUGUUGCGGCAAAAAACAAACAAACCAAGCUAUUGAGGCAUCUAACUUUACUAUGACGUAAGCUUUUAUGGACCAUAAUCCACAUUUGUAUCUGAUGUAGUCGACAGUAGUCCACAAAAGAUUUAUGCCAUAAUCAGUUUCUUAGCCGUUAAAGUUCCACUAGAUUUUGUUGCUUUUAGGAUCUAUGGCAUCACUCAUCUUAGAAAGCAGAACAAGCCUUAUUUAAUUCUGCAAGCUAAUAAAUAAAAUAUUUAGUUUUACUUUCAAAUUCUUAGCCUUCAGAAUCUGCCCCUUGGACUAGUUUCACCAGUUGUUCUGACUCUGGCCCAUGUAGUAUAGUUAGCAUGGCAACCUGCAUUAUGGAAUAACUUCAGAGAACUCGGUUGCUUUGUGAAAACUCCUUUGUAGCAGAAUAAAUCAAUCUAGCAUCAAUCACUAAUUACUCUAAUUAUUCAGUUACUUAUUUUAACUGUUUUCAAAGAGCAUGAAAGAAUAAUAAAUAUGUUUACUAGAUACCAUGCUUCAGAAUGUUUUAAGUCACACAUAAAUGUAUCUUGUUUUCUCUUUACAUUAGUGUUUAUACUGCAAUGCAUGGCUCUGGCUUUGCAAAUGAGUUGCAAAUGAGUUUGUACUGGAGCCAUUCUAGUAUAUAUAUAUAUAUAUAUAUAUAUAUAUAUAUAUAUAUGUACAUGUAUUUGUAUACAUAGGUAUGUCUUUCACUUUCUUACAGUGUAGAUGUUUAAAGGACAUUGCUCAGAUUUAAGUUCUUUAGUAAAAAUGGAGCUGCCAGAGGUUCUUAAAAGAAAUCUGCAAAAGUGCUCUGGGUUGGAAGCUUGUACAGGCCAGGCAGCUGCCACUGCAGACGCUGACAUCACUACUGCAUGAAUGAAAACAGCUUCCUCUGGGUUUUUUCCCCUUCCAUCAUCCUUCCCCCUUUUGCAGCUUAAGGAUGAUCUAAAAUGUUGGUUUUAAAUAACAAAACAUUAAUUCUGGUUUAAAAUAGAAUCAAGCCAGGCCAAUCUUUAGAGCUUAAAUUUGUAGAACAGGGUUGUUGUUUUUCUACAAAAAUGCAUUUUCUUUCUUUCUACAUAUUUAUGAUCUUCAGCAACCUACGUUUUAAAACGUAAUAGUCAUUGCAUGCUUUGGGUUUUGGGCAUAUUUAUUUGGAGUACUACAGCGUCUGAUGUUUUACUAAAACUGACGUUUUGCAGUUUUUUCUCUUUCUAUUACAUUUUAAAAAACUGUUUCCUUGUUGCAUUUUUGAAGAUAAAAACAGAUGUCUUACAACUAUCCUGGGAUAUAUUUGCAUGAAGAGUGGUUUAUAAAUACGCUAAAUAAGCUAGCAUUUGAAUAAUAUGUGAAUUAACCCAGUGCAAAAAGUUGUACUGGAAAAUAGUGGUGACUGAACACCAUUUGGUUACUUGAAUCCACUGUGUUAAAAUAUUAGCUAACCAAAUAAAACAGUCAUAGUGUUUCAUUUGGGAGAAAUGCUUGCUGCUUUGUAAUAAAACUAAUGCAUUUCAAUUACAUAAUCCACAUUUUAUAUUCUAAUCCUGCCCUUUUUAAACUAAUAUAAAUGUGAAUUCACUUGUUUAAAAAAAUAUUUAAGCUGUCCUUCUGUGAAUGCAUGACUUCUAAAUUUACUCCUGGAGGUUUCCUUUUACCAAAUCAAGAUAAAAAUACGAUAAAUUAAGCCUAGAGAGUACAAUUUAAAAUGUAUAAUCUCUGGCAAAUUAUUUGGAUGAGACGUGGCUAUCUGUAAUUUAAAAUGGAUGCAGAUGUUUUCUUACAAGCCUCUAAAGGUUUAUGGACAGUGAAUUUAAUCUUUAAAUGCUUUUGUUAACAAGUUCAAGUAGCCUUUGAAUAUAUUCUGAGGCCUAGAGCUUGCUCCUUCCUCCCCCUACUGCUGAGAAUAAAUUAUCUUGGGCUACAUUGGCAUAAAUACAAGAUAAAGUUAACUAGACCUGUUUUCUUAAAGGUGAAGGGCAGUUGACCUAUGUCAUAAAUCAUUGUGAAAACAUAGCUCAAGUUCAUGGCUUUCAUGUUUGGUUUGAUUUAUUUACUGGUUAUACAUAUACAGUUGUUUCAAAUAAGAGUACUAAUGCAUCAGGUGCUCCUGUUGGCAUGCUCAGUGUACUUGUGCCUUGCACCAUCACAUACAAAGUUGUGUUUUUCUUCCAUUGUAUGUAGAAAAAUUUCAUAUAUGAGAUCUCACUGCUCUCAAGAACUCCCCUUGCUGAUGCCCUGGACACUAACCUGAAAAGCUAACUUUUUAUGCCUGCAUUGUGAUGGUGCACUAAACUAAUAUUGAGAAUAAGAUCUCACAUGUUCAGAAUGGUUUGGUGUGAAACAGGUUGCUUCUGGCCCAACCGUACUCAUGUCCCCCCAAAACAUUUGCUCUCUGGCUCAUCUUUGGUGGAAAUUAGAUACCAGAAUCAGGACCUUGAUGGUGGCACUGCAAUUAUAGGACACUUUCUCGAAAGUUCAACAAGCUUCCUGUUUUAGACAGAUAUUGAAAAACCUUCUUUAGGAAGACAUUUUAUUCUUGUGUUUUCACUACUGUUGUUGUGGAUAAUGUGCUUGUUUAUCAUCUUCUUUCUGAAUGAUAUUGUUUGUAUUUCAUAAGUAACAAUGGUAUGUAGUUGCUUAGCAGAUUGUAGCUCUCAGAAUCCUGGCUUCUGUGAAAGCGUGGAACCAAAACAGACAUUAUGGUGGCUAUGAGUAAAGUACUUUGUGAAAAUUCCAUGCGUCCACCAGCAUAUGUUACAUGUUUCAUGUCAACGCCUUUACAUGUAGAAUUUGUGCCUGUUCUGACAUCAGAUAGACAACAUGUUGAUGUAUGCAAAUGAGCACUCCACAUGUCGCAUAAAUGCUUAUACAAAUAAGCAUUUUAUCUGUGGCUAACAAAUGUCCUUUUCAACAUCUUAGUAAAUUGUUAGAGUUGUCAUCGUUCAUUUGAGCUGUAUCUUCUUUAUGUAGAGCAACCUUUCUGAAUUAUUUUGGUCAUGUUAUUGGGUGUGUAUGAAAGCAGAGAUUAACGCCACACCUCAUAGUCAAAUUUGACUGGACGUAACUGUGCAGAGGUCCUUUACCUUUCUUACCUUUAUGCUAAAAGUAUCUUGGAUAAAAACUUUUAAAAGCAUAUGUCUGAAUUAGAAUAAUAAACUAAAAACCCUAAAGAGGACACAAAGCAUGCUGAGCAUAUUCGAUGUUCUCUGGGAGGUGUUGAAUACAAGAAGCAUCAAGGAGAUGAGAAAUUGGGACCUACUCAGACCAAAAAGCUUAAGAUCUCAUAAUUUGUGUCCCCUUCUCUCUCCUCCCCACCCUGCCUCACUCCACCCAGAGCACUGCAAGUGCUUAAGGCAGGAGUCAGCAAACUUUUUCAGCAGGGGGCUGGUCCACUGUCCCUCAGACCUUGUGGGGGGCCGGACUAUAUUUUGAAUAGAAAAAAGUGAACGAAUUCCUAUGCCCCACAAAUAACCCAGAGAUGCAUUUUAAAUAAAAGGACACGUUCUACUCAUGUAAAAACAUGCUGAUUCCCUGACCGUCCAUGGGCCAGAUUGAGAAGGCGAUUGGGCCAGAUCUGGCCCUCGAGCCUUAGUUUGCCUACCCAUAGCUUAAGGGAUUUCUCUCCAAUUAUUCUGCGUGCCAUGAGGUUCCCACACCCAGAUGCUAUAUGUUAAGGCAGGAAGAUGCAAACAUUCUAUCUAUGCUAUAUAGCUUAUGUUCAGGGAUAGAUUAGCAGUUUAAGUUCAGUUAUUACUAUUUCCUUCUAUCAGAGUUCUUAAGGCAGUUUUCUGUUCACUUCCCCCUCCUCAGGACAAUUGCUAAACAGCUAAACAGCUGAGGUUCAGCUUCAGUGACCAAGAAGCUACCAUAAAGUUACCAGGGUUUAGAAAUCUUGUGCUGUUGCUGUUGUGGUGGAAUUUCCCAGUUGCUUAUUCCAUCCCUGUAAUUCAUUGAAGGCCUUCAACUGGUAUUCUGAUUUGCCAGCGUGCAAAAUAAAAUAAAAUGUGGGAUUGCUACUUAGGGUGCAGCAGCUUAAAUCUUUAUUUGUAAUUUAUCUAGAUAAACACCUAUAUAAAAAAUUUAUUUCAUAAGUAACAAUGAUAUGUAGUUGCUUAGCAGAGUGUACAAAAUACUUUCCAUCUUCUUAAAAUGACAGCAAGUUAGUCAUAACUCAGUUUUGCAAAUAAUUUAACUUGGAUUUUUGAAGUUUAAAACUUUCAAGUUGUUACAUAUUUGUGUACAACUGUAAAAUGCUGUCAGGAACCCAGACUAGUACAGUUUACUAAGUUCCUCCUAUAACUAAGAUGGAGCUUUUCUUUUUUAACUUCAAAUGAGUGGUUUUAAGCUAUUAAGGUACUGAAGUCUAUUUUAGCUCCAGAGAGAAAAUACAUUAAAUAAAAGUUGAGCUUAAUUGUGUAUUCUACAAAAAGUGUAAUGUUCUUGAAUAUGAUCUGGUUUGGGCUGUAAUCCAAGCAUUCAUUAGCAGUCAUGGGGUCAUGUAAUCUUAUCUUCACCAAUAGUUGCUCAGUAGUCGAAAUCUUUCCUAGUUUUGUUUGCUCUUUUUUUAAAAAAAGGCAAGAGUGCCAGCUACAUGACCCCAGUAAAGUCUGGAAAACUCAUGUGUUCAGUACUUUAGCUGUAUAUGGGAAUUCUGGUUUCACGAGUCAGUAGCAAACAUGACAAUGUUCUGUAAAUAUCACUUAUAGCUUAGUACAUAAACAUAAAAAGUACAAAAAAAUUAAAUGGAAAUCAGUUGCAAAUAGUGUUAGAGAUAAAGCUGUAAGCUACUGCAUCUAAAGAUCUCGAACAUGUACCGGUAUUUGUUCUUGCCCUUUGGGAAAAUAUUGUGGGGGGUGGUGGAGGAGGAAGAAUUUUAAAAAUAAAAUCCAACAUUGUAGUAUACAAAGGAAGGUUUUAUUUUUUGGACUUAAAAUUAUAUGUAGACGUUAAAAGAAACUUGUGUUUUUGAGCUUGGGAAAUAAAUCCUGCCAGAACGUAAAUGAAAGAGCAGUAAUACAUUUGGAUGUUACAUAUAUCACAGCUGGAGAUCUGCAACAAAAUGGUGCAGCGUAUCCAUGACUUCUUAAAAAGAGCACUGCUGUUCAGGUUUCAGCUAUCCUAGAACAGAGUUCACAAGGGAGAUUUCAGGAGCAGCCUCCAAGCCUCCUGAAACCUUUGCUGGCUGUAUUAUAUGGCACUAAAGGACAUUGUGUGUGCGUGCACACUAAUAAGGGGUGCAGAGUAGAGGGAGGGAAAAGACUAGUGGAAAAGGGAGGUGUGCUUUGCUUCUUUACUCCCUCGAAAGCUCAACAUAUACUGUAUUUUACUCAUCAUGGCAUAUCUGUCUUAUCGAGGGGCUCAAACCAUAGUUUGCCUUCCUGUGAUGUGCAAUCUAGGGCAGUAAACUUCGCUUUUUAUUUAUGUGCCACUUUAUAUUAAAAAUCUAAAGCAGCAUACAACAUAAAAUUAUAAAAAAGAGGAAAUUGUUUAUAUUGAACCAUAUUUAUUUUAUGUCCUGUUCCAUAUCAGUAAAUAAUAUAUAUUCAAAAAUAGUAAUGUUACUGGAAUUUAUGUCCGAAAGAACCAUAGCUUCUUGUUUUGAACUUUUGUUUUAGCUUCAUAAUAGCAUUACAGAAGACACUUGAAAGCAUGGCAGCAGAAUAGGUAUUAACUGGCACCUAACGGGAAAUGGGGAAACAGUUUGAUUUUCACAGUUUUGUUGCCCCCUUUGAAAAGCCUUUCUUUCCAGUGGCCAUUCAAAUAACAUUCAUAUUGGUUUGUAUUGUCUUUAAACAUUUAUCAGUUUUCACUUGAUGCAGAAAAUGAAGGAAUUUGUGGCAAGAGACAAGCACAAAGUAUUUUGAUCGCUUGUCUAAAAGCCUUGCAACUUCAUUGCAGGAGCAAUAUGUGUCACACUAACGAUUUGAACCAAAUACAAUAAAGGGGCUGUAUAUUCUGUAACUUCUGAAAGCACUUUUACCAACAUUGAAUCAUAAUAGUGUAGCUUAAAUACCUUAUUUAGUAAUCUAGUAACAGUGCUACCAUUGCUAACAUUAAUACUUUUGAAUCUUGAGUUUAGAAAUCCUGCUGUAGUAUAUUUGACUUUAAAAAAAUACUUGCGAUAGGUUAUCAUGCUCUUUCAUUUUGAAAAAAAAUAUAUAUAUCAUUGAAAUCACCCUAUUGAUUCUUGUCCACCCUGGUUCAUAAAAGCUAGUAGAGGAGGUAUGAGUGGUUGGGUGCAGUUUAUUUGCCUGGCUGAAAGUGUCCUCUUCUAAAGAAACGCAUGCUGGACCCAUGUUGGACUCAUUGGCUUUUAAUGAUUAUCAUGUAGUCACAAAUACUCUCUCUAGGGCAAAGGAGUUGAGAGAAGGUGUUGGCACAAGUCUAGGUACUCUUGGAGGAGACUGAUUAUCUAGGCCCAGUUUUGGAACAGAAUUGAGUUUGACCUUGGAUUUCCUAGUGGAUCAACCUUGUUACUACUUCUUGAUCUCUCAGCAGCUUCUGAUGGCAUCAACUAGGUGUCCUUCUGGACUGCCUCCAAGGAAAGGAUAUUGGGGGCCAUUGUUUUACAGCGGUUCCAAUCUUACCUACGAGGUUGGUUACGAAGGAUAGCAUUAGGGGAGUACCUUUCGGCUCUCUGGCACUUGUUUUAUAGGGUGCCACAGGGCGCUAUAUUAUCCCUGAUGCUAUUAAACAUACAAAACUGUUGGGAGUAGUUGUUAAGAGGUUGGGAGCCGGGUGUCACCUAUAUGCCAGUAACAACCAUCUUGUGUUUCUCUAUAACGUCUGAAUCAGGUGAGGUUGUGCAAAGCAUGGACUGGUACCUGAAUGCUGUGGUGGGCUAGAUGAGGGCCAGUAAAUUGAGUUGAAAUCCUGGCCAGGUGGAAACAUGGCUGAUGAGUGGUUUCUGUGUCUGAGAUAUAGACCAUUUGCCUGUUCUUGCACUCCCUCUGAGCAGGCAUGCAGUCUGGAGGUAUUCCUGGACCCAGCUUUGUCCCUUGAGACUCAGGUUGCCUCAGUAACUAGGAAUGCCUUCCACCAGCUUCAGCAUAUGCAUUAGCUGUGACUGUUCCUGAAUCAGGAUAGCUUGGUUAUGGCGGUUCAAGCAUUGAUAACUGAGGACAGACUACUAUAAUACACUCUAUGUGGGGCUGCCCUUGGAGUAGGUUUGGAAGCAGUAGCUGACACAGAAUUCUGCAGCCGGGUUGUUACUGGGCAUGCUACCCUGCACCUAUGUGGGAGUUGCACUGGCAGUCACUAUGCUACCAAGUUAUUUUUAGUAUCCCAUUAUUAUAUACAGCUCUAAGCAAUCUUGGGCGUUGUGUUUAAAAUAUGGCUUUAUUCCUUACUCCCCUGCCUGAUCUUUGUAAUUUGCCACAGAGGCAUGUCUGACGGUGCCUGGCAGUGCUAGACUGUCCUCGGCAAAAAAUUGUGCAUUAUGUGUGAGUUAAGGAAUUCUGUACCUAAUGAAAUCAAGUUGGCGUUGUCUGUAAUGAGCUCCAAGUGCCAACUUAAAGACUUUGUUAUUUUAGCAAGUGUUAGGGAAAUAAUUUAUUGUUUUCGUUAUCUCAUUAGAACAUCUAUUUUUGUAUUUCAGAUUCUUUUAUAUAUGUUGAUUUUUAUUGAUGUUUUGGUUUUAAUUGAGAUUCUGUAUACCAUGUGGGUAUCUUUUUAUGAAUUUGCAGUAUAGAAAUGAAUUAUUAAUAACUUUGGAGGUAGAAAGUUGCAGGUUCUCCAAAUGAUAUAGCUUCCCCUCCCUUCCUGCUAUUUGAUAGUACGUAGUUCAGGACAUGGAGAUGGUACUUCAUGGGAUACAUUGUCCCCAUAAUUGGAUGUUAUAUUCAAGUCAUCAUUGUCACACGAGGCUCAGAAUCUGUUAAGAAAAUGCAAGGUAAAACAAUGAGAAGUGAUCUAACUGGAAUAGUGUAGCUUCCACAGCUCUAACAUUAGUUGUAUUUUCUUAAUAUAAUAACACUUUGUCUAGCACUCUGUGUCUGCACAUACAAUGAAAUAAACUCUUACAGUGCAGCCCUAACCAUGUCCUAUUCAGUGGGGCUUAACUUCUAAGAAGGUGAAAUUAGGUUUUCAGCCUUAUCUAUUACAAAUGUAUCAUAAAAAAUAUUAGUCUUAAAAGUGUGGCCUUCCGGUGUAUCCCCCCCCCCCCCCCGGAAACUGUAGCUUGCCAUAAGUUUUCAAAAUGCAGAAUAUCAAGCCUUGGAUUUAUAUAUGGUGGGAUUGAAAGAUGGAAGAGUAAGUGAGAGAAAAUCUUACAAAUACUCUUUCCUGAGUUCACCUUCAGUGUAGUGUGGUUGUAACAGUUGUGCAUAUUCCCUCUAGUUACAGAAUACUUGGCAUUGAUCACAUGUACCUCAACUGUUGAGAGGGGUUUUUUGUACUUAAGGCAAAUAUUUUCAGUUUUAAAAGGCCUUUUGUGCUAGUUGCCACACUAAAAACAGAUGUGAAUAGCUAAAAACACCAUAUUAACUGUUGCAUAUAACAUGUUUCUGUUUCAGUGGACAGGCCAAAAGCCCAGCAAAUUAGAACUUCUAGCACCAUAAGACGUACCUCUUCUUUGGACACAAUAACGGGACCUUACCUCACAGGACAGUGGCCACGAGAUCCCCACAUACACUAUCCUUCAUGCAUGAAGGAUAAAUCCACUCAGGUAUGUUUGAGAAGCCAAUCAUUGCUAUUUACUUAACUGUUGUGUGUCAUUCAUUCCAAAUAAUAUGUGCAAUACAUAGCCAGUUCUGGUACCUAAAAACACUGUGGAUGACUUGGUUGAGGAUGGGUAAGAGAAGAAGCAAAACAGAAGCUGAGGGAACAUACUCUCCUUCAUAUUGUAAUAUUCCCUAAUAGAAACAUCUCUCUAGUUCACCCUUGCCUCCACUUCACGCACCCCUGCCAUGUUCAACUUCUCUUUUCCUUAUUACCCAACAGUCCAGGCUUCGGUUGGGAGUUCCUCAAGGCAGGGAUCUGUCUUUUAUUUUAGGGUCCAUUUGGAAAGGUCAUAAGGUUCUGAGCAGCCAUGUGCAAGAUGGUAUUUUCCCUCUACUGCAGCAAAGCUAGGGCAUUUGGCCUAUUUAGCUUAUAAAUCACUGGUGAGCUCUGAUAUACAGAAUACCAUCUGCAUGUUAUUUGCGAGGGGUUGUGGCUUCUGAAAUUUCAGGUUUGCCUUAUGGCCAUGGGGUCUUCUUGCUUGGAGCAGGACAGCUUUAUUAAUGAAGCUUUUUAAUUUGAGGCAUGAGUACGUUAGGUAUACAGGAAGGAUUCAGAACCUUAUAUUUAGUCUUCUUUUCAAAUACUGUGGAAAUGUGAAAGUCCAAAAAUCAGCUGUCACUAAUGUGCAUCCAUUCUAGAGGCCCACCUGUACAUUUCCUGUCUCCUGUUCCAGAUUGAUUUUUCUUUUCUUUUUUCUUCUUAUGCUGCUUUUUAUGGGCUUGCAGUACCUCUAGAAAUUGGCACUGGGACAAGAUAGGUGCUUCAGCCUGCUCUUUCAGGAAAUGAGCUUUGUUCCCUAGCAUUGACUCUUCCUUGCUUCAGAUGUUGAGUCUAAUAUCUGGACAGGGUGGCUCUUUUAGUGUGGCUUUGAACUGUAGUGUUUAAUUGAAGACAAACCCCAGGAUCAAGUAAGUCCCAGGGAAAAGAACAGUUGCUGGUUAUCAAUUUGACUAGAUGGAGACACUAUAGGUGAGAAGUUCCCAUGUUCAGAUUGGUUUCCUGAUCUAGAUAGAGUUGCACGCAUUUAGAAGGAGGAGCUCUCUAAUCUGAGAGUACUCCUGGAUCCAUCCUUGUCACUAGAGGCCCAGAUGUUAUUAGUAGCCAAGAGGGCCUUUUUCCAGCUAGGGCCACAGUUGUUCAUGAAUCGGUAACCUUUAGACUUGAUUACUGUAUUAUUAUUAUUAUUAUUUAAUUAAUGUAGUGCAUCUACACUACUAACUGUUGAGAUUCCUGCUCCGUGAUUACAGUCAUGGGAUUGUUGUCUUUCACAUGAUAGUGUAUGUUUUGACUCCACAGAGUGGGAAGUGACGGAGACAGGAUGUUUGUGUUACUGUGUUCCGUGAAGUGGGACUAUUGUCCUUGGUUCUUUUUCUCUUUUCUGUUUGAUGCUAGAGAGAGAGGAAGCCAUGUUGCAGUGUUCUAUGUGUGUUUAUAUGUAAAUAAUGUAGAUUAGCCAAAAUGCUGAGUUGCCGAGGUCUGUCACGCAAGGUGCGAAGACUCUGCGGAUCCCUAAGUGUGCCAGUGUCUGUUGGCAUCAGUCGCUGUGAUGUUCAGGCGGAAGAAAGCUUUUGAAGAUCCUGAAUGAUCGACCAGGAGGGAGGGAACAUGCCAGCUGGGCAUGUGUAUCUGCCAGGGUCCUACUCGAGUGUAGGCUGAACUCCUGACACUUAUCAGCAGCAUGUAACACCUACUCUGCACAGGGAUCUGCACUGACUGCCAACAUGCUACUGGGUCAGAUUUAAGGUUUUCAUAUUGGUCUUUAAAAGAAUUUGAGAUCAGAGUACCUGAAAGAGUUUCUUACCUUCCUACAUACUGGUACAGCCAUGGGGUAUGCACUUCUUGCAGUGCCUCAUGCCCCUGAGGUCUGCCACAUGGUGACAAACAACGGGGGGAAACCCAGCCAGAAGGGCGGGGUAUAAAAUAAUAAUAAUAAUAAUAAUAAUAAUAAUAAUAAUAAUAAAUAAUUAAUAACGGAGCCGUCCCACUGUUGUAGGAAUUCCCUUUCAGUGGAUAUCAGACAGGCACUGGCUAUCUUGGCAUUUCACUGCCUUUUAAUGGCAUUUUUAUUCCAACAUGCCUUCCCAGAAGGAUUUUCUUGGCCUGGUCCCUGUUGAUUUUUGACAGUAUAAUUCUAUUUUAUUCUGUCUUGUACUUUGCUUUAAGGUUCUUUUGAAUAUAAAGCAAUUAAGAUAAUGCCUUUUUCUCUUCCCUCAGAUCUGUAGUCAGCUUUCCAUACCCUGUAGCAGUGUAUAUGAUUCUUCUGUACUUUGCUUGUGUGUUAUGAAUGGGAAAAACAGAGUACAGGGUUAUGAUAACUUAGCUAAGAUGGGAAGUAGCUAAGCCCUUUUUAUCACCCUGCUUAAUGCCUUGCUGGAAAGCUGGAAUUUCCUCUUAAAUACAGGAAAGUUAAAGGCAGCCUGAUCUUCUAAGCUGGUGUUGAGUUGUUCUUGAAUCCCCAUAUUAAACACAUAUAUUUGGCAGCACCUGGUGGUUAAAUAACUGCAGCUUUAGCGUGCUAAGUAGGAUAAUGAGACACCCAAGUUUGAAACUCCCUUCUAGGGGUGUUCAGUCUGCCAUUAGAGUAGAAAUUGUCACUGAAUAUAUUUUUAUUUGUCCAGUCAUUCAGAUAAUUAGGUGUAGUCCCCUUGCUGCAGAUUUUACUGUUUUUUAUUGAGAUUUUAUGGUUUUGAUUAUUUUAUCACUGUAUGGUUUAAUUUUUAGGGUUAGCUGCUCUGUGCUCCUGAUUGGAGGAAAGGUGAAAUAUAAAAAUAGUGAGUGGUAUUCAACUCAAUUGCUUCAUCAGUUCAAGGACAUUUAGCUGUGCAAUGGAACUUCCUUUCCCACUCUCAGGUGCCCUGCCCCCUAAAUCAGUUUUGGGAGUUGCCUCAACUCUUCAAAGCUGACUUGGGAAGGGUGCACAUGGGGUGGGGAACUUGAACUGUGUAUAUCUUGGGCUUACAGAAAGAGUGCAUUGGGUACCACACAAUGAAUGAAUGAUAAUAAUAAAAAUACCUUGCUGAGUGUGAUACUCCAGGUGAACUUUACUGUUAGUUUGUAGAAGGUGAAUAAUUUUUUUAUCUCUAUGAUUAUUCCAAAUUAAUCAGUGGAACAGAUGCCCUCCUUUGGUUUGCAUAGAACAGAUUUGAAGAAAGAUGUGAAAGGAUUUUGGAGUUGAGAUUUAAAUUUUCAACUUCAGUUCUGUCACUGGUGAAUUGUCAUAGUAAUUCUAAUAUUGUAAUUGCAUAGUAUCUGUUUUGCAAACUGGAGGUGCUGUCGUUCUUUGUCUGUUAAAUGGCCUAGCAAGACCUCAACAUGUACAGUUGAUUACCUCAAAUUCUAUUGAUUUAACUUGGAGCUUUAGGGAACAUGGUCACUUUGACCCAUUUUUCAUUUUGUUGGAGUGUUUCAUGCUGUCCUUAUUAAUGCAUUGGUCUGACUCUACAUCAAGAUCUGGCUAUUGAUUGACAUAAUAGUAGCUGGGAGUAUUGGAAAUACUGAGAGCCAUUCUGUAGUAAUGGAAUGGUUAGACUUGCUGGAUGUAUGGUUUUAGGCACUAUUAUGUAAGAGGAAUACAAUCAAUUAUUACUUACUUGGGGUGAAAUCAUGUUUUCCUUUAACUACUGGUUAGCUUAAAGUAUAUCUGGGUUAUAAUUACUGCAUUACUACUGAAAAACAUGGUGAGCUGGUUCAGUUCUGAGUGUCAGUUCAGAGUAUGGAGGAAGGCCAUAACCCAAGCAGUGGGACACAUGCUCUGAAUGCAAAAAGUUCUAGGUUUAGUCUAUUGACGUCUCUAGUUAAAAGGAUUGAGUAGAAAGGGAUAGAAAAACCUUUGUCAGAGUCCCUAGAGCAGGAAUGACCAAUGUGGCGCCUUCCAGAUGAUGUUGGACUGUAGCUCUCAUCAUUGAACAUUGGCUGUGUUGGCUGAGGCUAAUGGGAGUUGGUCCAUAUCAUGAGACCACUACAUUGGCUACCUGUAUCCUAGAGCUAGAGCAUGGUGCCCUCCAGACAUUGUUGGACUCACAAUACAAUCACCCCCAGCAAGCAUGUCCAGUGGUUGGGGAUGAUGGGAAUUGUAGUCCAGCAACAUCUGGUAAGUGUCACAUUAGCUGCAUACAUCUGUUCCAGAGGGCUGCUGUGAAUCAGAGUAUACAAUUCUGGGAUAGAUGGGCAAACGGUCUGACCUGGUUUUUAUUAAUUUUUAUUCUUAAAAAGUUUGCAAAUUGCUUGAAAGGUAAAAACAAAAUAAAAUCCUCUUAAGGUGGCUUUUAAAACAAAACCAGUAGUCACAGAUCUCAAACCAUUAAUAAAAGGCAGCAUCAGGAACAGCACCCAUCCAUGGGCAGCUUCCUAUGUAGCUGAAUAAUUUUCAUUUUAAAAAAAUACUGGGCAUGGUACCCCUUAAGGUCUUAGUCUCAGCAUUUUCUUUUUACAUUACACACAAAAAUCUUCAUGGGCUCUUGUGUUCUGUUGGUGAUUCACAAUUUUUAGAUUCUCUAAAAAUUGGAUUCUCAAUUUUGGAUUCUCAACCAGGAACUAUCCUAGCAGUAAGCAAAAGAGUAUUGGCUGCCGCCUCAGGGGCCACAUGCUAGUCCAUGUGGGGCACAGAGUGGCAGCCCCCCAGGUAUAUUCCUCUGUUGGAAAACAACUGUGUGUAACACAGUUUACUAGCCUGCUGCCCUUAAGGGCAGUUGAGGACACUGUCCUCUCAUCAGUGUUUAAGUGAGAUUAAAUGGCUAGUUCAGUUGAUUUCUGUAUAUUCUUCCUCUGCUUGUCUUGUCCUUCAUUUCUGGUGGUAAAAUGUAUUGGGCCCAGCCGCUUCUCAACACUUUUGUUAGGGAUGGAUAAACUAUAUUACACCAAAAUCAGUUUAUCUCAAGAUCAUAAUUCUGUAUGUAAGAAACCCAUCCACUUCAAAAUGAUCAUGAUUUUUCUUGUGCCUUCCAAUCACCUAAUUAAUGGCCAGUCCCAGCUAAUCCUGUGUUAAAAAUAGACAGAAUAUCAUAUAUUUGGCCUGAAUUGAGUGAACUAUGCAAGUUACUGUUUGAUAAACCUUUGAACAAGGACAUAAAACUACUAAUCUGAUGUUUUACCAUGAUUAUGGAGAUCACUUUAGUACUACAACACUAAAAUAACAUGACGGAGACCAAAUUAAAACUAACUGCUGUGGUAUUUAAUCUGUUUUAAUGGACAAAAUAGGCUCACAAGACUUAGAAAAAUUAAACUGCAGUUCAAAAUUGUCUGUUUUCAAAGCAGUUAAAUCAUUUUGUUCUCAAAUGACCAAAUCCAAAGUGUAGAAUUUGGCACCUCUUAGCGAUUUCUUAUUUUGAAAGCAAAUAAAGUGCUUUUCAUUCUUCAGACUUUAUAUCCAGAUGGUAACCUGCAACCCAGAUAUGACUUGCAGCGUGAUCUUAUCUAGUGCCUGAAGGUUGUCACAAAUUUUAAUUAAGGUGUACUAAAAAUAUUGCCUACAGAGUCACUUUCAGGGGAAAGAACAUUUGUUUUCAAAAGUUGUAUGCAAGUGAGAUUUCAUGCUUCAUGUUGAGUUUUGGAUGUAAUUAUAUCUUACCACUAACUGCUUGGAGAAGCAUUGGGAAAAUAUAAUACUUAAACUUUUUAUUGCUGUCAUAAUAAAACAUAUGCCAAAAUAAAUAAGUUGGUAUUUUAGAUGCAUUUUAGGUUUUUGGUUUUUUUUUGCUUUUUUGAGUGUUUUACUACUUUAAAAAGUGCUUUUUAGGUAUAUUUUCAUUGAUCAGUGACUGCAUAUUGCCCAAGUAUAUUAGAAGUCUAUACUGCUAAGUGACAUCAAUUUCUUAAUGAGACUGUUUAUUUAUUAUACUUAAUAUCCUAUUGUUACAUACCGUAAAUGUACAGUGCAUAACAACAAUAAAAUCGCAAUAGAUAACUAAUCCCUAUAAUAAUCAUCUCCUGCCAACCUAGCAGUUCGAAAGCACAUCAAAGUGCAAGUAGAUAAAUAGGUACCGCUCCGGCGGGAAGGUAAACGGCGUUUCCAUGCGCUGCUCUGGUUCGCCAGAAGCGGCUUAGUCGUGCUGGCCACAUGACCCGGAAGCUGUACGCCGGCUCCCUCGGCCAAUAAAGCGAGAUGAGCACCGCAACCCCAGAGUCUGUCACGACUGGACCUAAUGGUCAGGGGUCCCUUUACCUUUAUAAUAAUCAUAAGCAAUAAAACAAUAUAAAAUCAAAUAAGAGUUCAUAAAGUAAAAAAAAGUCAGCCAAUUAAAUUAAAAACAUUAGAAAAGAGCAAAUCCACAAAUGCUUAUUGAGUACAGAUUUUGGCUGUACUGCUGAUCAGGUUGUACGGCGUGACAACAUGCAUGUAUCACCUUUGGAAGUCCGACUGGCAAAUAGUCUUGCAAGAGAUAAUUAGCCCUCAAAAAAAUAUUGUUCCAUCUGAUGUCCUAUCUGUGUUUUAAUACUUUAUGACACAAAUAGCAUUAUGAAUGUGUUGGGAAAGCCAUCUCCCUUUUGAGUGGCCAAAACUUUUCAAGCUUCAUUAUUCACCUAGAGGCAACAUUUAGUACUCCACAGGUGAGUGACUGAAGUAACUUCUAAGAAAAUGGAAUGUGGACAUUUAUUCAGUACUGUUUAUAUUGUCCGUUUCCUCUAUCAUGGAACUCGGGGUGGUGCAUCUGGGAUUCCCAGGCAGCCUUCCAUCCAGGCACUUUCCAGAUCCAGGCCUGCUUAGCUUCAGCAGCGUGGUUUCAUCAUGCGCCUUCAUAACAUGUCAUUCAAACUUUCCAUGUGUACAGUUUCUCUCCAAGUGGUGCAAGUAAAGACAUGGGCUUUUUAAGUUUGUCCAUAUGUACGAGUUUCAGCAUUUUAAAGAAUGUUACAAUUCAUCUACAGUUGCAGAUUUUUUUACUACUUUGGAGAUCGAAAUCUUCAAAAUUCUGUAGCCUUGACACGUGUAUCAGGUAGCAGUCAAUAUGAAUAUAUUGCAGAAUCAGCAUCUUAAAUUAUAAUAAUUGUUAUUUUGGUUCUUAACAAAAAAAAGUGGAUUAAAAAUAAAUAGUUUUCAGCUCACUUGCACCUUAUUUUAUAAGAGAGAAUGUUUAAAAAGCUACAUUUCAUGACUAGCACUCAAUUAUCGUGCAUAGUGAAGGAGAACACGAGAAAUUGUAGUAGAAGAUAAAAGGACAUCAUGCAUAAAUUAGCUAUUAAUAUUUUGUAAAAAAAUACUUGCUUUUCGCAUGCAACAAAACCGUGGCUUAGUGCAGGGUAGACUUUCACAUAGAGAAGGGCUGAAGUCCUAGUUGCUCCUGAGCAUACAGUUGCAGGGUUAUGUGCGUGUACCUGCAAUCUGCUGUGCACAAGUUGCUAUCCAUGAAACACUUGACAACUUUUUCAUUUUCUCUUAUGUGGGCUUAUGCACAGUCAUCAGCUACAUUCCACUGUUUUCUGGACUGUGUAAAAAGUAUGGGGCUAGAAGGUUGGAGUGAUGGAACAGAUCUGUGCCCAUAGUACAGGUUGCGUCUUGAACAAAAGUCCACACUGAUGAAAGGGAUGGCAUAGAAGGCCUUUCUGGCAGUUGUGCUGCCUUUUAAAGGUGCACACUUAGUGCUUUGAAAACCAGAGAAGCCCAGUGAACAGUCAUGAAAUAGUGGGGGGGGCGGGCUGUACACUGUACCAAAACAGCUGCUGGUCCUCAUUUUAAUAGUUGCAUGUUUCUUUCAUAUGUAGCUUUAAAAAUAAACUAUGUGGGUAGCAUUUUUCCUCCUCAUGAUAGGUGUUGAGAAAAUAGAAUUUGGAGUUAUUUAUAUGGCAAAUGAGUAGAAGACUGAGGUAGUACUUGAGGUGGGGACGGAGAUCUUCAAAGCUCUCAAAUUUCAAUUUUGCAGUCAUAAUUUGCUAAAAUCAAAUGAGUUGAUGCAAUUUUUUUUCUAGUUAAUCGCUAUGUUCGUUGAAAAGCCAGCCAGCAACUUGAGCUAUGGCAUUCCUAAAUCUGAAAAUUCAAAUUUUCCACCUGCUUGUUAAAGCAAUUUUGGGUCAUGGUCCUUUUGACAUGGUUGAUUUUAAGGGGCUUUAUUGGCAGUACUUUUCAGCUUCUGACACUUAAAUGGGAAGACACUAUAGCUCAUUGAAAAAGCACGUCCUUUGCAUGUUCAGUCCUUAUCAUCACCAGCUAAAAAGGUCAGAUAGUGCUGUGGAAUGUGAGCUCCCUUUGACAGGAGAGUGAGUAAGCAAGCUCAUGCAACAUAUUGCAUGUUUUGCCAGCUGGGGCAAUAUGGCUGCCUCUGGGCUGAGCUGCCUUUGUCUUGGUGUUUCUUUCACUGUCUGAAGGAAGCCAGAUACUGCAGUGGCCAUGCUGCUGCUGUGUUUCCUUCUACUACUGCCAGUCUGGGUGGAGUCUCUCUCAUAUGCACCACAACCACAGCUGAGGUCUGUGAAUGUGCAUCUGUCAGAAGAGAAGAGGAAGCUCAGAGAAGGUGAUAAGAACCUUGCCCGGAGGCAACUUUUAUGCCCCAUUUUCAAUCAGGGCAAGUAUUCUAUUACAAGCUUGCUCUGUGCAUAGUCAAAAAUUUCCAAGCACUUUCUGAAUAUUAAAUACAAGUAAGGGUGAGAGAAGCCACUCUGCUGCGAAAUGAAUUAUUGUGCCUGCAGAUGAACAUGUUAGUCCAUUGUUGGGUCUGUGAAACCACUGAAAUGUUAGAAUCUCUUAUAUGUGUCUUUAGAAAUGUCUCCAAUUCUUCUGCAUGAUUAACAUUUUAAAUAUAUUACCCAUUUACCAUUUAACACAAAUGACAAGUGGUGUAACCCAUAGUAUUACAGUAUAGAUAAUCAGGUGUUAGUUUGAUAUCAAAAAGCUCAAUGUAAUCUGAUGAGUGGUACUGAGUGAAUAGGUUUUGCUUUAGGGAUAGCUCUGAAUAAGAUAUCUUACUUCCAGUUCUCCAUUUUCUAAGUGAAAACUGCAAAUCUGACUUCUCAUUCCCACAGGCUGACAUUUUGGCAAGUUUUACUUCAAUAUCUACUCCUUGUCCUUUUUCUUGAGCUAAAUAUUUAUUUUCUUUAUUUGUCUGGGAAUCUGUAUUUUGCAGUUGCACUAAAGCACUUCACUUGUGCACUUCUAAACAAGUGCUUCCUUUGUUUUGAAGCUUUUCACAUCUGCUUCUGUUCAUGUGGUUCAACUUGCCUUUGCAAGCCACAUUUUCAAUAUAGCAGAUGCAGUGUAAAGAAAAGUGGGGGAUGUGGCAGGAGCACAGCUUGCAAGUUGCCAAUAUUACAUGGUCUGUGUUAUUGCUGUUUAUAAGUUUUUAAUUUAGUUCAUGUUCUAAGCAUGCAUUUGUGACUUCAGUAUGCAGUGAUGAAAUGUGCAUUUAUCUAAAACAGUGCUCCAUGAUGAAAAUGUUAUUAGCAACAUAUAAAGGAAAUUCUCUUGCAUGUUGUUUGUAGAGAAGUAUUGUCGUGCCUAGAAAUGACUAGUUGUCUGAGCUGUGAACCAGGAAGUCUUCUGGUUCAAAUGUUACCUCUGCCACAAACUCACUUCGGCAAACUAAACCCCUUCUCCCCCAGUAACAGCAUCCAUCAGUAAUAAAGGAUAUUAAUCCUAUUUUAGGGCUGAUCUAAGGCAGAGGUCCCCAAUCUUUUACCCCUAUGAGCACAUUUGGAUUUUUGAGCAAGGAUUGUGAGGCGCCACCCGCUCUGGUCACUUCUCACCCCCACCUCCAAGAGUGAGAAAACUAUAAAGUGCAUGUACACAGACUUCACUUUUCCAAGGGAUCUGAGCAAAAACCAGAUCCAGUAGCAUUAAUCUGAGCCUUAAAAAGCAACAUAGACUUGAAAGAGGAUGUGGGAAAGAGCAUUACUCUUCCAGCUUCCUUCUUCAGCUCUGUCUACUGUUCAGGGUAGAAAAAGCUAAUCACCCUCACCACCUGAUGUUGAAGGGGGAAGUGGGGGGCAGAGCUCAGAGGCUUUGGGUGUGCCAGGGGCAGACCUCAAGGGCACCAUUGCGCUCAUGGGUGCCACAUUGGCGACCCUGCUCUAAGAAGAUACAUAUGUGAAAUAUACAUAUAUGCAAUAUAACUGUUAAAUGGUGUUCUAACAUUAUAAGAUUAAAACAAGAGCAAGUAAUGGUGCCAUAUCAUACUUGUUGGUUUUCGUUCGUUUAGACACCUAGCUGUUGGGCAGAAGAGGUAUUAGAAAAGAGAUCGCAUCAGCGUUCAGCUUCAUGGGGGAGCGCUGAUCAACUAAAAGAAGUAAGUGUUUAACAGUUUGACAAACAGGAGGCCCUCAAGUCUCACAGGUUCACUGGGUGUAGUUUGUCCAUGGGAGCACAUUCAUGUUCUUCUCCCUUUUACAAACUCCUGAUUUAAGGGUUUCUUUAAUGUGAGUGAAUGGACAGAAUGCAUUGAGGAGUCAGUAGAGUUCUCUGUGAUAAUAUUGGCAUAAAGCUGUACUGCACUGUUUUACGUUAUUGUGUGCAUUGUUCCAAAGGUAGAUAGAUGUGUGAUAAGAAUCAAAUCUGUCCCAGAUUCAAAAAUGUUCCUGUAGUGAUGUUUGAAAUAUAACUUAGUAUCCGUGACUCACAUAUUCUUGUCAUUAUUUGGCCACAAUUAACAUGAAAGCCAAUUAAUACAUUUGGGUAUUAUAUGUUAAAAUUGAAAUAAUCAUAUAUUGUCUGUACCAGUAAUUCUUAUAUGCUCAGUUGAAACCAUAGAAAUGGCAUACUGCAUAUUAUUGUAGAUAUUGUUGCUUGUAUCCAAUGCAGCACUAAGUAAAUGCCUUGUCAGUGCAAGUAUUUCAGCUUGCUCAGUUGGAUCCCCCUCCCCCGCAAGUCUCUGCUGAAAUAUGUUAACAGGAGUAAAACGAACAAAAUUAACACAGUGAAGAGCAAGAAUAGGGCGGUGUUAAACACCUAUGCACUGGGAACAAUGCUAACAUUCUUGAUGAGUUUAAGGUUCAAACUGAAAAUAUAUUCAAAAGAUGCUAAAAGUGUGAUUAUUGCUUAUAGGAGCAAGAUCUUCCUAAAUAUAAUAUCACACAUUCUUUACAUGGCGAAAUAAAAUGUGCAGUUUAUUUUUUUUUUUAAUAUACGAUGCCUUUUUGUGGCAUCAAAGCCUAGCUGAUUUUUUCUGGUUAGCUAACAUUGCCACCUGGCUGUUUGUUUUAAGAGUAACUUUAGAAAGCUAUUUUAAUUUACAUAUGCAAAAGAGCAGCAGCCAGCAGUUUUUUUUCUGAGAAAGGUUGCAUUCUAAUCAAUCCCAUCAUUAUUAGGCUUUUGCGUUGGAGGACAGUUGUAUUUGGGAGUUUAUCAUAGACUCUAUUAAAACCCACUGUUGUAAGUACAGUACACCAUUCUGUCUUAGAAGGCAUGUUCAGAGCUCUGUAAACAGGUCAGAAUUAGUGUAUCUUCUUUCCAAGGCAGAUGUGUGAAUUACAACAUUAUGUUUUUAUGAACAUUUAGAUAUGGUUGUGAUUCUCAAAUAUACCUCUUUAUCUUCUCAGAACAAUCAUAGAAAGCAACUCUUCAUGUUAAGCUAAUGGUUAGUAUUUGGAAGAGAGCAUUCAUAUCAGGACAACUAAAUUCUAUGCAAGAAGCAGUAAUCGUAACCCAUGUUUAUCUCUGAAGUGUGAUAUUGUAGUUUUGUAGUUAGUCUUAUUUGUAUGGCAGGUGCCUUUCCUCCCCCUUUCAGCUAGACUCAAGAUGUGCGCAUUGUCAGUUACACGCCUUCUUUUAUUUGAUUUUGUCUCCUCUUCUUGCUAGAUUGCCAAAUUGAGACAGCAGCUCCAGCGCAGUAAACAGAGUAGUCGUCACAAUAAAGAAAAAGAACGUCAGUCGCCUCUCCAUGGCAACCAUAUAGCAAUCAAUCAGACUCAGGUAAGCAGACAACUGAGCUUGUUCAGGCAGCCUUCAGAAUUAAAAGUGAUCAUCCUUUCCCACUUUUGAAUUUCUGUCUACAGUUUAAAAUGGAUUCCAUAGUUAUGAAUUAGAAGGACGAUUUUAUACCAGUUUUAAUUCAUGCAGGAAAAAUUAGUGACAGGUUGUUUAACAAGCCUGGAAAAGUUGGGGAGAAAUCUCCUGUUUAAGAAUAAUAAAUUUGCAGCAUUGAGUUGACCAGAAACAAGGGUUAGGUUUGAAUCCUGACAUCCAAAUUACUCACUAAAGGCAGUCAAGGAGUGCCAUUUUCUCAGCAGCAACAACCAUUUAUACUAUUUAUAGUCACAGUUAUUUGACCUUGCUGUCCUCCUGUGGACUUGUGAUGUUUUAAAAAUGCUAAUAUAUCACCACCUGGUUAUUCAGUCCCACUGACCAAGGAGGUCCUGUUUAUCUUUGUCAUUUUACUCCCACUGAAGCAGGAUACUUGAACCAUCUUAUUAGUCACAGCCACCUUGCUAGAAACCCUUGUUUUAAGGAUUUAAAAAGUGUUUGCGCACCAAAUGACUAUAUACAGCAUUAAGAAAGAUUCAGCAAUAUUUUUAACCAAUUGUACCCUUUUUCAGUACUCAUUAUUCACAUUUAUCUGCAAUCAUUUUUAGAACAGGAUAUAAAACCUCCUGUGCAGUGGUUCCCAAACAUCCCCCUCCCCCAUGGAUCACUUGAAAAUUGCUGGGGGGGGGGGGUCCUCAGCAGUCCACUUCAGUAUUUCUCUUCAGCACAGGCCCUAGGGCCUUGUUAACCAAUUCAGUAAUCUGGUGCUGGUCAAAAUGCCCUUAUUUUCCAUUGUCUGGGGGUGGGGGGUAGUAAUUAACUGCAGGGUCAAGUACAUAUAGUCUUGACUGGUGCACAACCAUUCUGCAGACCACCUGAAUGGAGCUCACAGACCACCAGUAAUCAGUGAACCACAGUUUGAGAACCUCUGCUCUAACGAAGACUCCUGAUAAGUACCAUGUAACUCGUUAGAGGUCUGUGUUUAUUCAGCCCUUUCGGAUGGGGGGGCGGAAAUACCCAUUACUACCAUACACUCCCAUACCUUUGGUGCUGUGGCUGCACAUUUAGCUGUUAGCAUAUACUGCUGGAUUUGUUUAAUGUGUUUGGUUUUCUGAUGUCAUGGAUGUCACAGUGUUCCUUGCAAGUAUUAUGUCCUUUUUCUUGAUCCAGUACACUGAUCACUUUGAUAAGCCUAGUACUGAGCAUGUAGAGCUCUAUAAGAGUAGGGACGUAAUCUUUUCUUCCUUUUCAUCAGAAAUCUAUGAUGCAUAGCUCUUCGGUUUAAUAUUUCUCUACCUUCAGAUGAGUGCACAGCUCAAACUUUCACAUCAUAAAUUCUCCUGCCAUAAGUUUAAAGUUAAAUUAGACAUAUCUUUUGUCUUUAAAGGCUUCUAUAUCGAGAUCAGUCCCUAUGCCGCUCUCAAACAUUUCAGUGCCAAAAUCAGCUGUUUCGCGUGUGCCGUGCAAUGUAGAAGGAAUAAGUCCAGAACUAGAAAAGGUGUUCAUCAAAGAGAACAGUGGAAAGGAAGAAAUGUCCAAGGUAAGCUGAUGCUAAGCAUGGUUACUUUAAGCUGCAUAAUAUAGAAAUUGUAUGUAGAAAUGUGUGAAUCUGUGCAAAAUGACUCUGCAUGUAUUCAUAUAAGCAACUAAUAUAGUUAGUUUCAGUUUUACAAAGAACCUGGUAGUGUAAGGUGGCAAAACCCCCCUAAAUAUAUACUACUACAUUUAACUACGAUGAUGGUGGUGGCAAAGUAAUCCAGGCAUCUUGUGUGAUCGGUAUUUUAGAGGUUAGUAAUUCGAAUAAAACAGUGCAAGAACUGAUCUUAAAACACUCAGAGUGGUUACAAUUUUAAGUAGGCUGAAAUCUCCUAAAUACUGCUUUUUACACCAUUUCCCCACAAUUUAUAUUAGUGUCAUUGUCACUGUGGCAAUAAUACCUCCCAAAAUUAAAGUGAACAAUAAAAUGGACAUACUUGUCCUCUUAACAAUUUAUUGCUGGCUGUUCAAGGUUUAGGUCUCUGAGCUCCUGAGCCCUUAUGUGCAGUACAAUGAAGAGGAACUAUGUUGAUUCCAUUAGGACUCCUCAAUGUUUUAAGUGAUUUGCUGGAUUUUUGUCAGGGCUUCUGAUGAGAGGUAAUACUGAGCUGAAAAGAAUCCCCUUUCCAAAGUUACAACUAGAUCCAAUAUUUCUCUUGUUAUCUCCAGAAUUAAAACAGAGAAGUCACAACUGAAGAAACUAAAUUUUAGAAAAGUAUGCACAUUUACAGGUGGGGGGUGGUGGUAGGCUAGAGUUCAUACGUCAAUAUAUUCAGUACUCCAUAUAUGCAAAUAAUUUCUGUGUUGGAUGAAGGCUACUGCCAAGACAGUGCUUACAUGUACUAUAUUGCCUUAUAUUUCUUCAUCAACUACUACAUUGCAUAAUGUGCUUUUUAGACGCUUGAAAAUAUGCCUGCUGAAUAAUUGGCACUUAGUAUAAUUUGAUCUGCCCAAUAACAGCAAUUCAUGCCUCAUUUUAGGUCAUAGGCUUUAAUAAGCUCAAAGCUUCGUGUCCCAUGCUCUCAUGAGAGUUACUGAGAGAUCAUUAGCUAUUGCUGACAUCACAGUAUGCUCUCUUCACAGGCAUAAUUGUUAUUCCAUUAGUAAGCAUCCAGCAGAAUGCAGAAAAGUCUUGCAGAAAAUGCUGAACGGCACAGGUGCUUUUAUAUAGGUUUCUGGGAUUUUGUUACCCUAAAUUGAAAGGAGGUUAUGAAGUAACUUAUAUUUUAAGUAGGACAGCAAGCCACAGAACUGCAAAGUAGUUAGUUUCAUAGGUGUACGAUUUUUUAAAUUUUGGUUCUGUUGCUUUUGUUACGCAUUGUGAUUGAGACAAAGAUAGGCAUAUAUGUACAAAUAUAUAAAUGUCUGAUGGAGACACAAACACAGCAAACCAUAACAUUAGUUAACUCAGAGCUUUUCUUCUAGCAUGCCCUCAUAGGUGGCUUGGCUUUGUGUCAGUUUGCCAGCUUGGCAGAAGAAAUCACCACCACCUCUGGGAUGUAUGAAACUUUCCCUGGUACAGCACACUGGUGCCAGCUGGUGCUGAUGGAGGAAAUGAAAAUGAGAGAGCUGUUGCAGCUCCUUUAUGUUUGAGUUUUUAAAUAUUUUUUUUUAAAAAAUAAUUAUUUAUUAAAUUUGUACACCGCCCUUCACCAGUAGAUCGCAGGGUGGUUCACAGCAUAAAAAUGUAAGAUAAGAUACAAAAUACGUAAUAAAAACAACAACAAACCAAACCAUUGACCUCCCUCCCCCCCAAACACAUUUAAAAGGACAUAGACUGUUAAUAAGCCAAAGGCCUUGUUGAAGAGGAACUUUUUCAUCUGGCACCUGCAGGUGUAUAAUGAAGGCGCCAGGCAAACCUCCCUGGGGAGAGCAUUCCAUAAGCAGGGAGCCACUGCAGAAAAGGCCCGUUCUUGUGUUGCUACCCUCCAAACCUCUCAUAGAGUCGGCGCAUGGUUCUAAAAGCACCUUUUAGAACCAUUAGAUCGGAAAGACCCCUGAAGCAAAUGGUUUGGGGUGGCAUGUUGCUACCACCCUGCAGAUCCCCUUCUGGCUUGUCUGCUGCUGCAGUUCAUGUGCGCUCAGAGGAUCAGGCUUUAAGUGUUACAAAUGGAAAGCCUUCCUGAAACAUUGCUUAUUUGACAGCAAGACAAAGCUAUUUUUAUACAUUUGUUGAUGCCAUUUAAAAGCUUUUGAGGGAAAAGUACUUAGUGGAAAAACUUCAGUCUUUGUUUCUAAAUCAGCCGAAAAUGAAAUGCCUUGAAGAAUUGGAAAGCCCAGAUAAAAAAUGAAGUGAAAAUAGUGUUCUGUAACGCUAGAGUAAUUUCUCAAACAGUUACAGGAUGUUGAACAAGAAGGCAUUACUUAAGAUAAAUCUUACUUUCUGGAACUUAAGCCUUUUGUGUUUCUCUCAAAGGGAGUGCACAUCAGUAUAUUAGAAUUUUCUUCAUUACAGCUUUCCAGGAAAGCAAAAAUUGUUGUGAUCUUAAGGCAGAGUCAGUAUUUUUGCAUCACUCUUCUCUUUUGUCAGCAUUUUCUUUGAAGUGUGAUGCCUCUAACUUUGCAAAUCACAAUUUAAUCUGUGUACUUUUUUAACAACUUAUUUACUGUGUUUGAAAGAAUUACUUGCUAUGUUAAUCAAGGCUGAUGAGAUGGUAGCUGAACAGUGGUAUGAAUAGGCUGUCAGUAAUUCACUUCUAAUGAAUGGCAUGUCUAUGGUGAGACCAUCAUAAAGUUUGAUAUUUCUUUUUAGAAAGAUUCCCAGUGAAAAUGUAAGUUAUAAGGAAAAAAAGACCACAUAUCUGUUUUGUAGAAAACAUGGAAGAGCUUCACUGCUUUCUUUCAACACUUUCUACCCUGAAAGCAAUAAUAAACUCUCCUUAAGAAAAGAGAAACUAGUUCAUGGAAAAAAUGAAGUCUGAGUUGACCCCUUAAAUUGCUGUUGCCUGCCCUUUAUGACAAGAUCCCAGGGGACUGUGCUUUAAAAUUAGUGUUUGUGGGGUUUUUCCUCUCUUGAUGUUGUGGGAGGAUUUUAAUUGUCUUUAAUUGUAAUAGGGAUAGUCCUAAGCUGUGUGACAUUUCCUGUCUCUUUUGUAAUUGCAAAAUGUCUUGUUCUUGUUUCCGUUAAUAUAAAAAGGGAAAGGGACCCCUGGCCAUUAGGUCCAGUCACGUUCCUAUUUAUCUACUUGCACUUUGACGUGCUUUCAAACUGCUAGGUUGGCAGGAGCAGGGACCGAGCAACUGGAGCUCACCCCAUCACGGGGAUUCGAACCGCUGACCUUCUGAUUGGCAAGCCCUAGGCUCUGUGGUUUAGACCACAGCGCCACCCACGUCCCUUUAAUAUAGUUACUAUUAAAUAAUGCCAAACUAUUUGUUUAGUAAGCAUAAAUAUCAGCAUGUGGCCUAAUGGCUGAAGUGUAUCUAGCCUUGGUGUUUAUUUAAGGAUAUAGCUGCACGUUCAAGUGACUAGAAUUUUCAUGCAGUCUCUUGCACUAAAUGAGUUGAUGAACAGCAUGCCAUUGUGUCACUUGCCUCCUUUUGUAAGAAGCUGACUUCCCUCCCUCUCCCAAGGUCAUUUCUGGCUUGAAAGAAAUUAGCACAGGUCAAAGUGCCCUCCAGGUCCCAGACUUCACUCUGGGGCAGGAGUUUUCACUGUGCCUUUUAAGAAUGUUGUUUUCGCUGCAGCCCUUGGAUAUUCCUGAUGGCCGACGAGCUCCCUUACCUGCUCACUAUCGUAGCAGCAGCACGCGUAGCAUCGAUACACAAACACCUUCUGUGCAAGAGCGCAGCAGCAGCUGCAGCAGCCAUUCCCCAUGCAUUUCUCCUUUUUGUCCUCCUGAGUCUCAGGAUGGGAGUCCUUGCUCCACAGAAGACAUGCUGUAUGACCGUGACAAAGGUGAGAGUCUAUUUGAAUAAUUGGUUCAUGGCUUGCUUUUGUUCUGCUGUACAGUCAUUGUGCUUAAAUCAGAUUUUUGAUUUCAUUUUAUUUUGUCCUGUUGGUGUGAACUGAAGACUGCUCAUAAUUGUUUUUGCUUGUUUACAUUUGUUUUCCCUUUUGUUUGUGCAGUUUCACAAACAUCUUCCAUAAAUGUCAGAAGGACACAGCAAAUGAGCUUAACUCUUUAUGAAAGCUAUAGUAUGAAAAGUUAAGGAAAAGCAUGAAGUGAAUAAUUUAUAAAGUAGUGUGUGAAUUAUUGGUGAAAUAAGUGAAUCCAGAGUUUGUGGUUGCGUUAUCACUUUUGUCGGUCAUUUAAAGGGUAAGUUAGGAAGACAAUAAUAUUAUUUGAGUCUAGUGUACAAAAUACUAUGGCAACAGAAUGACUUGUCGGAAUGAAAUCAAUGCUGGUCAUGUUUCACUGUAUGUAUUUAACAGAGUAAUCCUAUGCAUGUCUACUCAAAGUAAGCCCCACUGAGUCCAAUAGGAAUUGAUUCCUAGAAAAGUGAAUAUAGGAUUUUGCAGCCUUAAAAGUCUGGCAGCGUUCUCAGUUUUUGGCAAAGUCAAUGGUUUUUUGAAUUUUGCAAUUUUACUCAAGCAUAAGGGUUGGUGGUGAACCCAGAAUUCAGCAUGAUUAGAUUCUUGGUUUUUGGUCUCCUUUUUUUUAGAUCUACAGUUUUAGCCCUUAAUGGCUGCAAACAGAAGCUUAGAAGUGUAUGGCCAAUGCUUGGUGACAGUGCAGAAACCACAAGGAGUGGGGAGUGGUUUCAGUUUUCUGCAAAGCUGCUUGGUUCACUUUAUAACUAUCAGGAGUAGGAACAGAUUAUGCACAAUUUGCAAAUACAUGUGUCUGUUUAUCUUAUAUACCCCUUUUCCUCCAUGGAGCUGAAGGACAUGUGGGACAUUUCCAGCUGGUUUUCCAUCUGCACACUGACCAGGCUCCUGGCUGCUUAGUCUCAGCAAAGUUGAUGUACCAUGUGCUUUCAGACCAUGCCUUGGGAUCAUUAUUUUGCUUGGUUUGUGGAAUGAAUGUAGGUUGUAGGAUUGGAUACGUGCAUGUGUUUUUAACACUAGUUGUAGGCCUCCUGGUCAAUGUGAGCUGUUUUAAAUUAAGAAUAAAAUAAUGAAGUCUCUCGGUAUACAAAUUUUUAAAAGAGCAGAAGGGGAGUUCUCCAUUUAAGUAUUGUAAAAAAACCAAAAAAAACCAAAAACACCUUGUAUCUUCUAUCCUUUUCCCAAUUAUUUUUAGAGUGCUCCAGCUCUUUCCUCUUUUCUUUUCCAUCUUCCAUGCUAAUUUCUGUUUCUGUUUUCUUAUUGUUAGUGGCCACAUCCUACCUUUCUUUUUUUCAUAUUCGUGCACAUUAUUUACAAUUAAAGCAUUUCCUCACAUGCCUCAUGUUUUUCUUUCUUUAACUUUCUUUCCCAUCUGUAGCCCUGCCUGAUAAUCUCCCCAUCCAUUCUCUCUCUUUCGUGAGGAUUACAAUGCAUGGACACUUCCUCAACCCCCACAUGUGAUUUUGCUGUCUUGGCUCUAGUUUCUUUACUCAGUUGGAGCCAGACACAAUAUUUUUCCAUGAAGAGGCAAGACAUUCUUGAAAUGCAAAAAAAGAAAGAAAAAAAGAAAAAAGCCUGGGAAUUGUGACUUACACAAGGUGUCCUCCAGAUGUUGGAACUACAAUUCCCAUUAUCCAUGACCAUUGACUUUUAGUUGGAGCUGAUGGAAGUUGAAGUCCAAAAACAUCUGGAGGAGAGAUUUAUAGCCUGGCCUGCCUUUUGGAUAUAUGCUUCAUGGUAAACUAAGUAAAGAUCAUGAUCUCACUUUGAAUUUUAAUUAAAAAAAAAAAAAUUCUAUUCCACCCUUCAUCUUGAGCAACCAAUGCUAGGUGCAAUAAAAUAAUGUAAAACUACCAGACAUUCACAAAUACUCAUACAAUAAAACAAGGACAGAUAAAAAACAAAUCAAUAGAUAAACAGUCUAUAAUAUAUAGCUAUCUACAUUUAAGCACCCACUAACACUAACAACCAGUAAAUUUUUGGAUGGUCAACCAUCCUUUCAACUGGUAUUCAAAGGAAACAAGCAAACAAACAAACCUUAGAAGGGAAAGCAUUCUAAUUCUGAUAAUAAAAUAAAUGUAAUUAUAUGAUUCUGCAGUUCACAAUACAUUAUAAUUAAUGAAGAAGAAAGGCACAGCAGUACUAAUACUUAGCAGGAAAAAGUAAAGUCCAUUAUUGUCACUUUCACAUACUAGAAAUUGGGUUAGCCAACAAGGUAUCCUCUCUACGUUUUGGACUACAGCUCCCAUCAGCCUCAGCCAGCAUGGCCAGUAUCAGGGAUGAUGGCAAUUGUAAUAAAAAGAAAUGUGGAGGGCACCGUGCUGUUUACCACUAUAUUAGCUCUUUGCCACCACAGAUCUUACAUACCCCAGCCCUUUUUCCAAAUUCGAUGUUGCCCUUUGUAUAGCUAAAACUGAAGUAUUCAGCCCACCAAAUCCAGAGGUACUAGGCUAAAUCACCUCUAGAAAAUUCUGCUAGGUUUCCUUAGUUUCAUGCUCACAGACCUCAUUCAAAUGCUUGUUGAAUGAUUAACAUUUGUUAGUUGGGGAGGGGGAUAAUAUUCUGCAGAACUUUAAGUCCUUGUCUGUGCAUUUUGCCUGUAGCCAUUAAGAUAUGUUUCAGCAAUGUCAGCAUUUGGUUUUACAGAGAGGGCUUCUCUUACUUAAUGACGUCUGAAAUGGUGAACACAGAUAAGAGUUCUUUUGGAGUUGAUGUGAUAAGUGCAUUUGAUUGAAGUUCACGGUUCUUUGUGGUAUCUACACCUGCACAGAUCCAGCUUUGGGAAUGCUCUAGAGCAGAAUGCCUGAAAAUUAGCAUUCACGUCUACACUUCCUAAAAGAGAGAGAGAGAGGUCUUGAAGGAUUCACAAAACACUCUUUUCAGUAGGCAGAGCUGCCACAAUUAUCAUUAUCUUGGGUUAUCUGAUAAUGGCUGACUGCAUCAACAGUUUUAAGAACAUAUGAAGAGCAGUGUUGGAUCAGAACAGAAGCCUGUCUAGUCCAGCCUGCUGUUUCUCACAGCAGCCUACCAGAUACCUAUGGGUAGCCCACAAACACCACAUUAACACAAUAGCACACUCCUGUUUGUUCCGUAGCAACUGGUAUUCAGAGGCAAGAUGUUUCUGUUCUUGGAGGUAGCAUAUAGUCAUGAUAACUAGUGGUCAUCACCUUACCCUCCAUGCAUUUGUCUUAUCUCCUUUUAAAGCUGUGCGUUGGUGGCUAUCUCCACAUCUUGCAGUAGCAAAUUCCAUGGUUCAGCUGUGUUAUGUGAAAAAGUACUUCUCUUUGUCCUGACAACGGAAAAACUGUAACAUUUCCUCGUGUAGAACUGACUCUUGACAAUUUUAGUGACCCAUUCCCUUUCUCUCCAAUAUCUUUUCUGAAGUGUGGCGACCAGAAUUGUGUAGUAGUAGUAGUAGUAGUAGUAGUAAUAAUAAUAAUAAUAAUAAUAAUAAUAAUAAUAAAUACACCAUGAGCUCAAGAACCUUUUCCUGGCCAGUCACCACCAGCUCAAACUGCAUCAGGAUGUAUGUGAAAUUAGGAUGUUUUGUACAGAUGUGCUUCAUUUUACACUAACAUUCAAUUCCAUUCACCAUUUUUAUGCCCAGUCAGCCAGUUUGGAGAGUUCAUUUUUGAGCUCUCGGCACCCCUCUUUUGUUCCCCCCACCUUGAAUAAUUGGUUAUUGCCCACUGACUGAGCUACCUACUUCCUCACCUCUCACUCCAGAUGAUUUGCACUGCUCCCAGUUUAGAUCCCUAGGGAUCUGUAUUUUUGGGUUAGCCAGUCUCUGAUGUGGUUACAACUUGAAUUGCUGUGCAUGCUACCUUAGGAUGAAUCUGAUACUUAUUUUCACAGAUACCUGUUAGCGGGCACCUCUGGAACAAGGCACAGUUUGAUAAAAGGCUGUGCAGAUUGCUCACUAGUUCAGUGGUCCCUUAAAAAGUACAUUUGCCCCAUCAACUGUGUUGUGUGCUUAAGUACAGAAAAAUAAUGGAGCAUUGAAUAAAAUAAUCACUUUGGUUUGUAUGCUAGACCAUGUGUGAUUUCCCCCCAAUGCAUUGUGAUAUUGCUAAAUGUAGACAAGGUACUGUAGAACACUACAUUUUCCAGUUAACUUAAACAGAUAAUCUAUUUUUUCAGAAAAGAAAGUUUAUUGAUAUCAACCCAGACAGUAUGCGCUAGCUCCAGGAAGAUUUCUGGAUGAAGUGUUCUUAAAUCUCUGAACAAUAGUUAAAGAAGUAUGGCCAACUGUACUUUCUGCUUUGUUUUAACUGUUGAAAAUCACUGGCUCGGUUUUAAUUAAGGUGGUGGGAGGAUGUCAAUUGUUACACCUUUCCUACCUAACCUAUUCUAUCAGGCCACCAACACUGGCAAUCUUUCAGUUGUGGAAAACAGUUGCCAAGUUUGUUUAUUCAGUCAUAGGUAUUUGUACCACAUAUGCAGAAUUAGCAACUUUAUAGAAACAUGGGGAAAUUAAUAAAGUAGAUUGAUGUAGGUUGGCAUUGUACUGUCUGUUAGGAAGCUGCAGAAAUGUGUAUUGGAGUACACAAUCACAUUAUAAUAUUGAUUAUCAGAAAUGCAUGUUUUAAAAUUCUUUUUUAUUAGGAAGAAAGCCAGACUAAUCAUUGUUAGUGAUUAUAAUUUGAUCCUGUCCUACUGUACUGGAAAAGCAUCUUUGGUACCACAUUUAGUGGUAGUUCACAACUUGCUUGCAUAACAGAGCUGGCAAUUCCUUUUAUUGUUGAAUAUUUCCCCCACUUCGCGUUCUAGAGUUGAAGUUCCCAAACUUCUGAUGUGAAUCCCACCUUUGGCGGUUUAAUCUCUGUUCAAGCCAUCUGCCACCUCUUAUUUUAGGGCUCUUCUGUGAUGGUUCAACCUAAGCAGUUGAUUAAUGUACUGUAUCAGUGUUUUGGAAGGAGACCAUUUCAAGUUUGAAUGUCUUAUGCUAAAAAGGCAUUUAAAAUAAUGCCCAAAGGUUCCGUGCUCUGUUGUUCCCUGUCGUAGGGCUUGUUUUCUUCUCCAGCUAAAUUUCCAUUAUACUUUUCAGUAGUAAAUCAGCUUUAAGCUGGACCUGACUGUGUUUCUGAAUAAAAAAUGGAAGUUAAUAAUUGAUCAAGCAUGGGGAGAGCUAACCUGCUGGCCAGACACAGACCUGUUUUACAUUUCUAAAGCAUCUUUUCUUUUCUGUCUAAGUCUGCGCUUUGACCACAGGCUCCACUGCCGCUCUUUGGAUCAGAUCAGCUGUUUACUUUACAUUUCUAUAAAGAGCUGCUUAAAUAGGUUGAAAUUUUCAAAAGAAAAUGAACAUAAAGUCUGCAAAGGGAACCCAUGGUCUGCUUUGGGAUGGGAGAGUGAUCUUGCACAGCAGGGGGUGGAGAAAAUGUUAAUGGCACCUGUUGUGUGUGUGGAGAAGGGGAGGUGAGGAAGGGCCCGGCCCGCCGUGUGAUUAGAAGCAGUUUUAUUGCAUUAGAAGUGCCAGCUCCACAGGGUGCCAGUGAUUAGAAUUCAGUUUGGUGACCCCAUGUGCUAUUUACAGCUGGAGGGUUCAGUUUUGAGACUUUGCUCCACAAAGAAAGAUACUGGUUUUCAGCCUUUACUUUCUGAAUUUUUAAAUUAAAUUUCACUUCUGAUAAGUAAAAAUUAAAAAAACAACCAGCCUUUGACACUGUUUGUUAGCUAUCUGUUGAGCACAGCGCCUCUCAAGUUACUGAAGACUUUGCUCACUACUCUGUGGUUCCUCCAGGGUUAGUUUUUUUAGGACUAGCUUUAUGUGAAAAAUUAAAUUUUGAAUACUUGAAGGGGGGCUCAGGGAACAUACAGGGUUGAAUACACACAGGGAAGAAAGGAGGGAAGUUUGUGUGCUAUAUAUGGUUAGGGAACUGAAGGAUAUAGAAAUGAGCCCGUAGACAUUUCAUAGUCUUUACCCAGUGUAUCCAGUGUAAUUGGUCACUGGAUUAUGUUAGAAUGAUUUAAUUGAGCUGUAUAGGUAAAAAAUUAUUACCAGCAAAUUCCAGUGAACCAUCCAAUUCUGAUAUUUUUGUGGGUCUACUCAGAGCAAACUUUGAUUUCGAAACCACAGAGGAAGACAUUUAAGGGGGGGAAAGGAAAACAGCAAGAAAAAUGACACUCAGCUUUUCAAAAAGCAACAACAACAGUUAGAACUUGUAUUUAUCCUUUUAUGGCUUUUACUACUAGCUUUCAGAGAACUUUAGAAAGUUGUUGUUGGCAGUUCCUCACACUCCUACUUGUUUUGGAAUACUUACUCAUAGGUCCAUAGAGGGAAUGCAGUACUGUAUUCCCCUAGAUAGUGUUGAUGUUGUUUACGUGGCCAUGUAUCCUAGGAUGAGAAAGAGAUCAAUCUCUACGGCCCUUUCUCAGCGAGCAGCCGCCAUUCCAUCAGGAUACCUGGAAAGUCCCCAUCCCAACUAUUAUUUAUUGAAGAAAUUUUAUAUACUGCUUAUCGUAGGAAAAAAGAAACUCUCUCAAAGUGGAUUACAACUAGUCAUAAGAACUGUACCCUUCUCCCUCUUGUCUUGUGUGUCUCUUUAGAUUGUAAGCCUUAGGGCAGGGACUGUCUUAACUGUGGGUUGUUGCAAGCCUCUCUGAGAGCUUUGUUGGCUUAAAGAGGGGAUGACAAUGUGUUUUAAAUAAUAAAUCAUGAGUCCUCAGCUUUAUAAUGAUUUUAUAUAUUAUAGUAGGCUAACUACUCCUUCGCAACUCCUUUUUUUAAAAUUAAAAAAAAAAGCCCUGUUCCAUUACUACAGUGUAUGAACAAAUUUGAGCUUUUGGUGAGUUCAGGACUUACAACCACAAGAUACGGAAAAAAGUGAAAAGGCUCUAAGAGGUGCCUGUUUCAGCCUUUUGAUCUUAAAAAGUGUAAAUGUUUUAGGCCAUUGUCUGAAGAAGAAACAUAUGCAGGACAGCUUGGAAUGUAGGGGUGCUGUCCAGCUUGUCUCAUGUAAGUCCAGUGGUGAAUUUUAGGAGGUAGAAUGGCGCCCGAGCUCUUUGUAGGUUUCUGCUGUUGUGAUAAAUGGUAUUCCAAGGUGAAAGAAGGGUUACCAGGAACAGCUGUACCAAUGUGUCAGCCAUGAAAAGCAGGGAUGCAGAGAAUGAAUAGCCCUUUCCUGUGUUCCAAAGCUCACAUACACAGCAGAUUGAAGAUCAGCAUCUGCAUUAUAUAUGCCCUUGGUUUUGUUUCCUUUUUGGUCUUUUCUGUGGGUGACAUUACUGUGGACAAUAUUUCUAAUGGCUUCAUAUUUCAAAAGCUGCUUACGAGCACUUUCCAAUUAUUGUGUUUAUGCUUUGACAAGACACAACGGAACUUUACAUUAUCAUUAACCACUUGCCCUUCUUUGCAUAUGCUGUACAUGUUGCCCUGAUCAUUUACAUUUUUGAAAUGCAUAAUAAAGAACUUAUUUGUUUCCAGGAUUACAGCUCUGCUUUAUUCAGUCUGUAACAUUCUGGAUAAAAAUAUCCUCCCAUUAUGUGCUGCUGUAUGGUAGAUUACUGCUUCUCUAAAGCUUUUAUUCAGGAGAAAUGUGCUCUACCAGAGUGUUGGAUAUAGUCUGCAAUAAAAGAAGCUUUGUGACUUGAAACAAACUGGCAUUAGUAGUGAAGUUGUGCAAAAGCCAUCGUGUUUGGAAAUCAAAUUUAAUUAAAAAGCACUCUCAAUCCCUAGUAAUACAACUGCUUUAAAUUUUCAGACAGUGGGAGUAGCUCACCGUUGCCCAAGUAUGCCUCCUCUCCUAAACCCAACAACAGCUACAUGUUCAAACGAGAGCCCCCAGAGGGAUGUGAGCGAGUGAAGGUCUUUGAGGAAAUGUCGUAAGUAAUGCCUUUUAUAUCAGCUGGAUCUGCAAAUGCAGGAAACCUUUUUACUGGACCUUUUCAACUGCAGAUGAAUAAACUACUCCAGCUGAUGAGGGUUUUCCCCCCUUCUUCUUCUUUCAGGAGCAAACCACUCUUGCCAAUUUUGCACAGGCAAGAAGUUGAAGUGUUCCUGUCAGCUUGCCGGGGGGGGGGGGGGGGCGGGGGCGGGAAUGCAACCUAUUUGUUCUUGACCACAUGACCCAGAUGUAUAAAAGCACAACUGAGGAGGACAUGCAAGCAGAGCUAUGGUUUCUUCAGUGUUCUAAAAAGUAUUUUCCAGCAUGAGUAAAGCUGUCUUUAUAAUGAUACCAGUUCAGCUUUAUUUUUUUAGCCUUUGAAGCUGUGAAUAACAGCCGUGACCAGACUUAUUUUGGUAGCAUUUGAGUUUUGGUUUUUUUAAUUGAGCUAUGUGUUUUGGGGAGUGGGGGAGAGAACACAGUAUGUAAGUACAUACAUGCAGGAAUAUCUUAAAGUUUGGCCAGUUUUUCCUCCUGUUUUGCUGUACAAGGAAAUAGCAUGGGACUAAUUUAGACUAGGACGGCAUAGACAUAUUGCUUGGGAAAAUAGCUGAAGCCAGAUGCUGGUAAAAAAUGCUUCUGGAUCAUUAAUAGAGGAUUCUAAAGUGAAUGUAGACGCUUUGCUGGACAAAAUAGAGAUAAAGAAAAAAGGACAUUGUGCUAUCAUUUCAUGUGUGUUUGCUACAGUGAGUUUUCUAUUGAUAAACGGCACAUUGAUGGAUUUCUGAUAUGGUUUGUGCAUCUGAAUCCUUUAGGGAAGGGAAUUGUGGAAAAGUCUUACCUCUCUGGUUGCUUUUUGCAUGUAUAUUGUGUAUUGCUGUGGAUCAGUCAGCUGACUACCAAUAUGGAAGAUGUUUGCCCAUUUGUCAAAUAAUCCCAUUUCUUGUCACUCACAUUCUAGCAACAUACAAAACUGCCAACCCAUGCUAAGUUAUCUGCAAAUGUUCAAGUAUGUAACUUUAAUUUCUUUUUCAACCCCUUUGUUUUAGGACUCGUCAGCCUGUCUCAGCCCCUCUCUUUUCAUGUCCUGACAAAAACAAGGUUAAUUUCAUCCCAACCGGAUCAGCUUUCUGUCCUGUAAAACUUCUGGGCCCUUUACUACCUGCUUCUGACCUGAUGCUCAAAAGCUCUCCAAACUCUGGUCAAAGCACAGCUUUGAGUACUCUGACUGUUGAGCAGCUUUCAUCUCGGGUCUCUUUCUCCUCUCUGUCAGACGACACCAGCACAAUGGACCCUACAGAGGUUUUAGUACAACAGCCAUCCCAGCAGCAGCCACCACAGCUUUUGCAAGAACUGCAGUCCGAAGAACACUCCUCUCCUCAAAAUUACGUGAUAAUCUAGAUGAUAAUCUAGAUGAGCAAAGGCAGAGGGACGGUCUAAAACUCAACUGCAUGAGUGGCACUUUUCUGGAACAAAACAAAGCUACUUAUCAGCAUCUUUCUGCAUUUCAGCACUGUUCUUGGCAGGGACAAAAAUGCAUUCAGCAUUUUUGUGUUUGUGUGUGAGUUUGCGGGGGAGGGAGCAGAAUGCUUGCAGAAUCUGUGUAUCAUUAAGCAUUUUAAGUGGAGACUAUGCAUUUCAUAGAAUGUUUGACCAGAUUAGUACUUUGUCCUGUGUUCUGUUUCAAAUUCUACAGUAUAAAUAAGCUCUAUAUCAAACAAAGGUUGCCUGUCUAAAUAGAAAAUGUCUUGCUGUGUUGUAUUCUAUGGAAAAUACUGUACUUCAGGAUUAUGUUUACAAUUUAUCCAGGUAUUUAUGUUUUGAACUUCUGUAAUACAUACAAUGCAAAAAAGAAAAAAAAAAUAUAUGGCCACAACAGUUGCACAGUGUCCCCACCCUAUAUGGCCUAGCUUCAGGUACUUCUCUCGAAGUCUAAACUCAGGUAACUUGGAAUGUAUAUCAUAUUGGGAUAUAAAAUAUUUUACAGCUAAAAAGCUAAAGAGGGAUCAUCACUCUUCUGCCUUUCCUUAUUUUAUGCAUUAAUAUUUCCUCAUUACAUUCCACUUUCUUGGAAAAAGUGCAUUCAGAUCUAGGGGGAUACGAACCCUGGACGUGGGUGAACAUGAGGAGAACCAGCAAAUCUGUGGUGUGCUGCAUCCCAUUGUCAUGUGGUUACAAGUAAAACAAAAAACUAAACUCUUGCAUUUGCCAUCGUUUCAGCGUGUAAAUUGUGGCAUUUUAAAGUUUCAGGUGUUUGCACAGUUAAUGACUGUUAAGCUGUUGUGAAUAAAGUGUUCAGUUUUAGGCUGCACAUAAGAAACAUUCCAUGACGUGUGUGUGAGAGAGGCUCUAAGGCAAGAAUGUUUUCGUUUAAUUUCAGCAAAUUCAUUCCCCCCCUCCCCCCAGGUUUCAGAGGGGGUGGGUGGGAAUUUCCUCACGCGUUUGCAUUGGCAAGUUAUAAGGACGUGAAAUGCUACUGUUACCAUUUUAGGAGUCUUAAUUAAUGUUUAGUUUCUCUUUUGGAGGAAAUGUUCCAUUCACAUGCUGGUUGCAAAAAAAAAAAAAAAAUUAUCUCGGGUUUUUGACAAGCAAUGAUAGGUGAACUUUGUUUUAUUUGUACAGUGGGUAUUUUGCAUCUGAACUUUAAAAAAAAAAUCUCUUAAAGCGGCUAUGAGGUUUUGUAGAAAAAAAAAAGAAAAACAAAAAAAGAGAAAGAAAGAAAAAGAAAGAAAGAAGCAAUAGUUUUUAAGUCAUGUAUCUAAUCGAAGCCUUUCUUAGUACCCUCUGGUUUAGGCCCAUUGGCAGGUAAAUUUAUUGCAGUUUGAAGGUGGGCAGGCAGUGCAUUCGCUUGUCUUUCUAGAUGCUGCAUAGCUUAGAAGCCUCUAGUAGUGUUACAUUACAGUAGCCCUGGAACUGUGCGAGUGCUGCUUUCAGAGAGAAUGAACCUGCAAUACAAAGAGGGACCCCAAAGGCAAGAGACCCACUCAAUAUUCUUAGCUCUGUGCUUUCAGUUCAGUGGAAGUACCUUUAUGCAAGCCUGUUCCUAAGAAAGCCUACUUGCCCCUCUUCAGGAACUGAAAAGAUUAAGACUGCAGCUGCUGCAGCAGCAAUUUAUACUCUCUCCGCUACUACUUUUGUGGAAGAAAUUUGGGAAAUAAUAAAAAAGGCCUCAGUGAAAAGUACCUAAGAAAAGCAAUGAAAUAUACAGCACAUGUAUGUUGUUGCAAGAUGAAGCCCAGUUUCCUUCCUAUCAUCACCAAAGAGUUUGGUAAUAACCUGUUAGGAAGUUAGACCGACAGCCUCUUUUUCAGUCGCUGUGUGACUGUAGGAGCAGGCGGAGAGUGGAAAGCUUAAAAGAUCUGUUUUGUCUUUUGUUUUCACAGUAUUUUUUUUUAAUACAGCAACAGGCAUCUUUAAUCUUGCUAAUCUCAGGCCUUGGUGGAAGCACUAUAUAGUUUGUAUGUUAAUAAAGGGUAAGGGAAAAAGCAUCCAGUUUCUUGUGACCUAAAUGUGUGUUCUUUGAAGUUUUACAUUAAAGUUGAAUAUGACAGUACAUCUACCUUCUCACCCUCUCUCUUUUUUCCAAAUAUAAAUACAUUGUCACGGUUCUUGAUGUUAUAGGGUUUUAUGAGAAACUAUCAGGUGACUUUUUAGAUCAAGAGUGAACUCUGGUGAACAAUAUUUACAGUGAUAUUACUUGUUCUGUUUUCUCACGAGAAACUAAAUAUUAAUUGUCACACACAUUUGCCCUUGGCAUAUUGGAAGGCUCUGAAUCAAAUGUGUUUAAAACCUAAUGCUUUGCUAUGUAAAUUUCCCAGCAGUUGUUGAUCUCCAAUAUAUCCUACAUUCAGCUGUAGAAAUUUGUCAAAUAUUGUUUCAAGAGUUUUGUACAUAGUUGUACUGUUAUUUCUAGCCACUGUGCUGAACAGUAUUUGAAUUACCACACAAUAUUACUUUACACAAGGAAAUGUGUGGCUUUUGUUUUGUAUUUUUUCAGUAUAGACGUCCCUGUGUCUUAUUUAAAUAAAAUUAUUAGAACAAAACACCCUAC